AUGCCGAGGGUGGACGCGUGGGAGGUCAAGAAGCCCUCGCGGCCGUCCAUCGAUCUCGGCUUUCCGCGGGGGCUGGAGGAUGUUUACGAAUGGGGCGAGGAGCUGGGCAAGGGCGGCUUCGGCGCCGUGCGGCUGGUGCGCAGCAAGGCCAGCGGGCAGGAGUUCGCGUGCAAGUCGCUGCCCAAGGAACUGCGCGCGCCGGGCGUGUCGGAGAAGCAGCAGGCGCGGCACGUGGAGAUGAUCAAGCGCGAGGUGGCGGUGCUGAAGCGGCUGGUGUGGACGCUCAGCGUGGUGCGGCUGGAGGGCGUGUACGAGGACGAUGAGAGGGUGCACAUCUUGAUGGAGUACUGCCGGGGGGGGGAGCUGCUGCGGUGGAGCGGGCGGGAGAUAUUCAGCGAGGAGAUGGUGGCGAAGAUAAUGCGGGCGGUCCUGCGCACGCUGGCGCAAUGCCACGCGCACAACAUCUUGCACCGCGACAUCAAGCCUGGCAACUUCAUGUUCCUGACCAAGGAGAAGGGCUCGCACAUCAAGGCCGUCGAUUUCGGCAUGGCCGUGUUUUACGAUCCGAAGGAGCUGCCGAGGAGCGACUUGGGCUUCGACGGCACGCCGUGGUUCAUGGCGCCGGAGGUGUUGUCGUCGCAGGUCGUUCCUGCGUCAGACAUUUGGAGCGCGGGAGUGAUGGCGUACCAGCUCCUCACGGGCUACCUGCCAUUCGACGACCGCAAGCACAAGCGGGCGCCCGUGCUGGCAGUGAUCUGGAAGGCAAUCCUCACAGAGGAACCCAGUUUUGAACGCAAAUUUUGGGGCAGCAUUUCUGAUGAGGCGGAGGACUUCGUGAGGAGCCUUCUGCAGAAGGAUCCGGCCAGCCGACCAACAGCGAAGCAAGCGCUGAAGCAUCCAUGGGUCAGGCGUGGUGGUGCAAAGCCCACUCAGCUCUCAGAGACUGUUGUGCAGCGCAUCCAGCGCUUUGGCCGAUCCAGCAUCUUCAAGAGAACAGUUUUGGACAUGAUUGCGGAUGAAUUGCUGCAGAAGUCGAUCAGGGACACACAACCUUCUCCCGAAAAGGUUGUUGAAGUUCGGUCAACCUCGCCAGAACAGAGGUCGGAACCUGACACUUCGAUGGAUGCGGCACAAGAUGGGCCACGGGACCGCCAGGAGCGGACAUGGCACGGCGGCAUGGCCUUCCAACGCAGCUCCAGCCUGCCGACGACAUCGCCGGCUCGUACACACCACGGUGGGGAGUUGUGGUCGGCGAUGGCCAAGAAUGCAUUGCGGGCGGUUGGAAACAGCUUGGUCAGAGGGAGGAGAUUCUUCAGCAACCAGGACCUGACCCGCAUCGCGUCCACGAGCGCAGAGGUGUGGGAGCAGAAGCGCAUGCUGGCCCGUGAGGCCCUGGACACAUCCGUGCACGCCGGCAGGCACUACCAGGACCUGCUGGACAUGGACACCAGCACGGCGCCCGAGACUGAGGAGGACGACUCGUCGGACGAGUCCCUGCCACCGUCGCCGCCCGCGUACCACAUCACGCCCGUGGAGGGCGGCCUGAGGUGCGACCUGAGGGAGGACGAGGGGGAGGGGCCGUCGGGGGCGGCGGAUGAGAACUUUGCGAGGUACUACAUCGCGUCAGCGUCCGCGGGGGUGCCAUUCUCGGAGCAUAUCGCGGGCGAGGCGUCUGAGGAGGAGGAGGACCCCAAGCUCAGUGCCAAAGCUGCCGAAUUGUGCCAGCAUGGGCAGUCCCACUAUAUGCAAUUCUUGGAGGCGCAAGGAGGCACUGUAGAAGAUCCCCCAGACUCUCAUGGUAAUGGAGCAGUUGCCGAUGGCGUUGAGGCUAUGAAGGACAGCAUGCAGAGGGGCCGGCCGGGUGGCCCAUCGAUGCCUGGACCCUUCAGGAGGGGGCGCCCCAAGUCUGCCCUCUCUGCAUCGCUUGACAGGGAUGAGGUGGGCCAUGUGCUGCAGGCACUGCAACUGGAUGAGAAUGGCUGUGCCAGUGUGGAGGAAGUCACAAAGGGGCUGAUGAAGCUUGGCUAUGCCCUUGAGCCUGGUGAAGUGCCAUCCUUGAUGAAGAGCAUGGCCCCUGGAAACGACGGGACUGUGAACCUCAGCCAGUUCCUUGCCAGUCAGGUGGACUGGCAGGACUUGCAGAGGAACUCUCGGGAGGAGUGGCUGAAUGGCGCAAAGCAAGCCUUCAAUGAUUUGGACAAGGAUGCUGAUGGCCGCAUACAAGCCCAGGACAUCUUGGCCGCGUUGCAGCACAAGCUCCCUACAGCAGAGGUGGACGCGGCAGUGGAGCAGGCUGCGAUUGAGUGCUGUGCCGAUGAGUUGGAGAUGGACUUCGAGGGAUUCGUGUCCCUUUUGAGGGUUGACUCGUCAGACUCAUUGGCGUCCCUCGAUGAAUUUGACUCCAGACUUGGAUCGCAUCAUGGACCAUCGUCACAAUACUCUUCCUCGCUGGCAACUGUCCCAGAGCACUGA